CCCCACUUAACUCACACUUGACUGGUUUCUCUUCAUGUAAACUGCAUCGAUGGUAGGAAAUUUUCAUCUGCAAUAUUAAGAGAAUGUCUAACUUAGAGCAAUUUGAUAUAGACUUUUACCAGUCAAAUUACACUGUCAGUGAUCAAGAACAAGAUUACAAUGGGUCUGGAACUACUGAAAGUGUUUAUGGAAGCCAAAGAAGUCAGAUGGGGAACAAACCACAAUUGGAUGCAUUCGCUCGUCCAGAAAUGCUUUCAUCUUCUCAGCCAUACACUGGCCAGAUUUUUCAACCAGCUCACUCUUCCGAAUUUCCAUCUGAGAACACUUAUCCUGACAGCUUUGAUGAAGAACCUCCUUUGCUAGAAGAACUAGGAAUCAACUUUGAUCACAUCUGGCAAAAAACCUUAACGGUCCUCAAUCCAUUGAAGCCAGCAGAUGGCAGCAUCAUGAAUGAGACGGACUUGACAGGGCCGAUGGUUUUCUGUUUGGCGCUGGGAGGCACGCUGCUGCUGGCGGGAAAAGUCCAUUUUGGUUAUGUGUAUGGCAUGAGUGCCAUUGGGUGCAUCACAAUCCAUGCUCUGUUGAACCUGAUGAGCAUCGCAAGUGUUUCAUAUGGAUGUGUGGCCAGUGUACUAGGCUACUGCCUGCUGCCAAUGGUGAUCCUGUCCAGCUAUGCAGUGAUCUUCUCCCUACAGGGGAUUCUAGGAACGCUGCUGGCACUAAUCAUUAUCGGAUGGUGCAGUCUUUCUGCCUCCAAAAUAUUCACUUCGGCUUUGGCGAUGGAAGGCCAGCAGCUCUUGGUGGCCUACCCCUGUGCUUUGCUCUAUGGCCUGUUUGCCCUCAUGACUGUUUUCUGACCUGCAUUUUCUGACUGCUC